AUGCACACGCGCGCAGGCGGCACGCUGACAGACCUGGUGGCCAGCCGGUGGGAGUCUGCGUUGGAGCGCGGGGGUCUGCACCUGGAGGAGGCAGAGGCGCGCUUCUUCUUCCGCCAGUUUGUGAGCGCGGUGGAGUACUGCCACGGCAACAGGGUCGCGCACAGAGACCUAAAGCUGGAUAAUACGCUGCUGGACGGCCCGCUGGCGGCCCCGCACAUCAAGCUCUGCGACUUUGGCUUUGCGCGGCAGUGGGGCCCAGACGGCAGCGGCGACAUGCACACGGCGCUCGGCACGCCGGCUUACAUGAGCCCCCAGAUUUUGGGGUCCAAGUAUGGAAACCAGGGCUUUGACGGCGCCGCGGCCGACGUGAGCGGGGGCGCGGCGGCCGCGGCAUGGGGGCGUGGGUCUGCCGGCAGCGCGCCGGGGGGAUUCAACGUGUGGGCGAGCGGCAUCAUGCUAUUCGUGAUGCUGUUCGGCUGCUUCCCAUUUGAGCACGACAAGCACAAGGACCCAAACAGCGAGGAGGCGCACCUGGAGGUGCGCAUGGCUCAGGAGAAGCUGUCGUGGCGCGACAACCACUGCGCGAGCGCAGCCAUAAGCCGCGGCGUCCUCAGCGUGGAGUGCGCAGACCUGCUGGAUAAGCUGCUGGCCAAGGAUGAGUCCAAACGCAUGGGCAUCGACCGUGUCAAGGCCCACCCCUGGCUCAAACAGCCGCUGGCGAGCGAGGCGCACGCCGUGGCCUGGGACAGGCUGCAGUCUGAGGAGAGCGAGCGGAGGGCGACGUGCCAGCAGCCGCGCGCGGCUGCGCAGGACGCGCGGCCGGGCGGGGGCGGGCUCGUGUGGCGGCUGCCGCUGGUCGUGUGGGCCCCGGACGAGGCCCUGCGCGUGCCGCUGCCCGAGCUGCAGGUCGCGGCGGGGGCUCUCAUCAAGCAGCUUCAGGCCAGCCAGGGCGGCUCGAAGCCGCGCCUCGGCGCGCUGUGCAAGCGGAUGAGCUGGCCGAUGGCGCCAGGCGCGAGCAACAGCGCGUGCGGCGCGUCGGCAAUCGCCGGGUUGUGA